AUGGAUCACAAUAUGAUGAUAGAAAAAGUGUUAACAAACAGCGAUCUGUCCAAAGCCGGUUGUUUGUAUUUAUCAAAACAUCUGACCGAGAAUAUGGAAAAGAACAUGGGAUAUACGAUACCCCGAAAUGGUGCUCAAGUGGAAAUUUUGGACAAUGACAAAUCCUACUGGGUAAACCUCAAUAAACACACAUCUGGUGGUUACCGUAUCACAUGUGGGUGGAACAAAAUCAGAGAUGCAAGAGGUCUCAAAACAGGAGAUAUCAUCCAUUUAUAUUGGAAAUCCACCAAAUUCAUUUUCUCUAUGUGCCCAUCGUCUGAAGCAGAACAAGCAUGUCAGAAAGGAGAGAACAGCUCCUCUAAUCUAUCAAUGGGAGAACAGUAA